AUGUCAGCUUCACAUGCGAGCCAGUUGACAGAUAACCAGCUAGCAGAGUUUAAAGACACAUUUAAGCUCUUUGACAAAGAUGGAGAUGGUACAAUAGCUUCCAAAGACAUAGCUACCAUUAUAAGGGCAUUAAACGCCGCUCCAACAGAGGCCCAACUCAAGGAGAUGAUGAAGGACGUGGAUCCAACAGGGCAUGGCACCGCAGAUUUUCAGGAUGUUUUAGAAUGUAUGAUCCGCUUUCUUCCUGAUGGGCAUGACGAGGAGGAGGAAAUAUUAAACGCGUUUAAGACAUUUGAUAAAGACAGCAAUGGUCUGAUUAGUGCAGCAGAAAUUCGCCAUGCUCUUGUGAACUUGGAGGAGAAAUUGACAGACGAGGAGGUGGAUGCAUUGAUCAGAGAGGCUGAUCCUGAUGGUGAUGGCUACAUAAAAUAUGGUGAAUUUGCCAAGAUCCUUGCUAACGAUUAG